AGGCCGGUCCUGGGAAGAGACUGGGUGCAUCGGCUCUGAUGCCAAGAAAAGGCUCAAAAUGAAGAUAAAUGAGGCCCUUCCAGGAGCCUUGGAGCCAGCCCAGCAGCCCAUUCAUCUUCAUGGCCUCAGACGUGCCUGGGAAGCAUUUUCCUGGGUGCAAGGGAGGGCUGAUCAAUUUUGUAUUUCUUUUCAACAUCGUCAGGAUCCUCAUGACAAAACUGCGAGCAUCUACCACAUCAGACACGAUCCAGUACAGGAAGGCGGUCAAGGCCACCCUCGUUCUCCUGCCCCUCCUGGGCAUCACCUACAUGCUCUUCUUCGUCAACCCCGGGGAGGACGACCUGUCGCAGAUCGUGUUCAUCUAUUUCAACUCCUUCCUGCAAUCCUUCCAGGGUUUCUUUGUGUCUGUCUUCUACUGCUUCUUCAAUGGAGAGGUGCGCUCGGCCGUGAGGAAGAGGUGGCACCGUUGGCAGGACCAUCACUCCCUCCGAGUGCCCGUGGCCCGGGCCAUGUCCAUCCCCACGUCGCCCACACGGAUCAGCUUCCACAGCAUCAAGCAGACGGCCGCCCUGUGACCCCUCCGUCACCCCACUCGCUCAUCACUCCACCAUCAGGACAGCUUUCCUAUCCUCCUGGGGUGCCUUUCUCCGGGCUCACUUUGCCACCUCGCCGCUCGGGCGCUGGUGGGGGCGGGAGGGAGGGCAGACGUCAGCUGGCCCGCCCUGCCGGCUGGAGAGAGGCGUGUGGCAGCAGGCUGUGCGAGAGGCUCUCAGGAGCCAGGCCCGCUAGGCCCAAAGUCUCAGUGCAGAGGGAUGGCACAGGGGCCACACACACCCCCCGACCCCUGAAAAGAGUGGGUCACAUGUCUUCAGGCAUUUGCCCACACCAGCCUCUCUCCCUGCAUCCUCACUGUAGCCCCAUUCACAGGCGGGGAAACUGAGGCCCAGCGCCAGGAAGGGCCUGCCCGAGUCACACAGCUCGUCCGUGGCAAGCGGGGGCUCCCCUCUGUGAGGGCCUUCCCACCAACAGCAGGGUGACAUUAGGCCUUGCUCCCUGCUCCCGGCCUUUUGCCUCCUUGCUCAGGGCUGCCCUCUGCAGUGGAGGGGGGGGCGGUCACAGCAACUGGAAGCAAAGAAUUAGUUUUGCUUUCUCCCAGGGGCUCUCACCUACACCCCAGCCCAGAGCAGGCCAUCUCUCUGCCCCUCCCCAGCCAUCUCUGGGGUCCUAGGAAGGAUGCUACUUCCUGUCCCGGGACAUCUCUUCUCGGCCUAGUCCACAGACUCAGAGCCUUGGGGAGGGACACGUGGGGAAGGAAGACAUAGCUAGGGCAACCAGAUGCAUAGUGCAGAUGAAACGAGGAGGAGAAGCAUGGUGGCCGGGGGCAAGGAGUAAGAAACCAAUUAGGUCUUUGGUGACUAGAAGAAUCUCCCAGCUCCCACCACAGACCGGGCUUCAUUUCAGCCUCCCCUUCAGAAAUAUCUCGGCUCUCUGUGAAAUAAACCAUGCCUCUGUGGAAACAGCUUCCCCGCAGGUCAAGUCAACCAGACAUACGAAGGGGUGCCGUGGCCAAGGAUGGGGGGGCUGGAUCCUCUCUCGUUUGCAGAGCGCAUGGCCCUGGUCCAGGGCUGGUUCUCCUCUCUGACCUGUGUGUCUGCAGGCCUGUCCCUUACUCCCCCAAGACAGUCUCUACCCCUCCUCUCCUACCGAGGGCAGUUUAAUUCACCACAGAGGAGAGGCAGCUCGCCCAGCACGCCACAGCCCAACCCAAAAUGUUCUAAAAUCCAGAAGCAAGUGUAGACAAGACCCCACAGUAUUUGUGAACAACACCAUGAGGAAGUUUCCAGGAGAGGGUGGGAGUGGAGGAAAGGAGGCUAGAGCCAUCAGGUCAGGGUUCAAAAGGGCUUUUGCUCUAGGAAUACCCGCAACGUAUUUUUUUUAUUAUUAUUAUGUAUCCCAUCUUGCAUAUUUUUCAGUUGCCAUCUAAUAUUUUUUUCACAUUUUUUAAAUUGGUGAGAAAGGUGAUUUCUAGCUUUUAGCAAAUAUUUACACUUUUAAAAUAAAACUGCCACAACACUUUAAAGUAUAUCAUUCAGAAUCCAAACACAGCUGUGAUUUAAUAACCAGCCUCUUUUGUUUGAAAAAAACAAGCUAACCAGCUCUUCCUCAAGAGCUGGAAAUUUUACGUUGUUCCUUUUCUCUUUGAACUUGUGUCUUCAUCCCAUUUCCCCCACAGAAUUUUAUACUAAUGCAGUAUUUUUAUGGUUGAAAGUCUUUCCUUGCUCACCUUAUCAUACUUCUCUGCCACAAAAUAUAUUUAGAAAUUGAAAUAGAAUUAUUUAAUUUUCUGUGA